UGCGCGAAACUUGUAAAUGGUACAAACGGCACCUGGUUGCUGGUAGACUACAAAACAAAGGAAGAUUGGUGUGAAUCAUUUUUAACGUGUUUCCAUUCGUCGGUACUACAAAGAAGAUGUUUGGAAGACUUUUAUUUCUAUAAGCAUUUCUUCUUACAGUCACCGACUCAACAGGCGUUUACAUUUGAAAUAAGCACUUAUUUACCUGCUACAAGAAUACAGGUCAAUUAUUGUCCAUACCCUUACCUUUUCAGUGUUAACAUUAUCCAUUGUGACUCUGGUGGGAGGUACAACGAAAGCGGUACGUAUCUGAUUUUGGUUAUGAUUUUUUAAUUAUAAAACUCAUGUUGUAGCGUGUUGUUGGGAGUUGUUGGGCAAAGUUUGAAACCGCUGUCAAAUGUUUGAGCCAACAACUCCCAACAUUUUGUUCCGAAGCGUGGUGCAACAAUGUUGGAUCCGUUUCUAAAGCUCUUCAGACAUUGUUGGGGCCACUCACUUGCAUUAAACAUAGUUUACAAAGUGUUCUGGGUUGUAUUCUCUCCAGGAUGCACUGCAGGUCCCAAUAUUGUUUGCCAACACGGACGUAACAACUUUUAACAUUGUUGGCCCCACAAUGUUAGGGUUUGUUGGAUCCUUUUGCAUGUAGCUUUAGGUUCCUACUUUUGUAAGUGAUUAGAACUGCAGUGAUGAUGAUUUCCCUCAGUCAAGUCUGGUCAAAACAAAGAUGAACAUUUUAUCUGUAGCAGUUUUUGUUAAAUCAUGGCUCCUUUUUUUUUGAUAGGAGCCUAUUUAUUCUUUAAUACUCAGUAAUCCAGUAGGCUUUUUUUUUCAAAAAAACGGGUUUCAGAAGUAGAAAUUGAAUACUCAUUUAAAUAUAACAGCUUUAUUUUGUCUUUAAGAUGUCACCUUUUUUUCUCAUUUUUAUCCGUGAUGGAACCAGAUAUUGAUGAUAUGGAAGACGAGACUGAGUAUGACUUAAUCAAAGAGGUACCAAAACAAACCAAUUUAAAGGUCUAUAUUAGUAAAAAUUAUUCUAACGUCUUUCACUGUUGAAAAGCUAUCAAUGUGUUCCAUUACCUGUCUUUCUCUAAGAUUCCAUGCUAUCACAGUGAAAUUUUCGUCCAAAUAUUGUAAAAAUACGUCACAGUUAGUUGGCAUUUUACAACACGCUUUGCAGCUUGGACUCCUAUGCCUGACGUCAUUUUGCCAGAGUUUUGCGCAAACGCAAGUUGCUAGGUGUUUAGGGCUCAGACAAUUUGGAUGUCCCGCUAUCCCGGCCACUAAGUUGCGUAACUCUGUUAGAAAAUGGUGUCACCAAAAAUGUCAAACAAACUUUUCCAGCUAGAACAUUGUUACACAAUUGUUACUUAAGAUCUGUGCGAGGUCGGACCUCAAUCAUUUUAGAAGACAUAUAUUUUUAAUGAUUGCCACUUUUUCUAGCCUUACUUUUACGUAGAAAAGACUUACAAUCACUUUAUUUAAUAAUUUCUGAAUCAGUUUAAACAACACUAAGGGCACUGCAUCUGACAACAAAAAUUAGCUGUGAAAAGUUUAGCGGUUUUUGCGAAGGUUUGAAUGUUUCCUCCCAUUGUUACUUUUUUAGUCAUGCAUUUCCGAUUAAUACGGUCGUUUGCUUUUACUUUCCUAGAUGACAAAUGCAUUAAACAAACUUGACUUUCAAAAGAAAGACUCUUUGCAGGUAAUUGAAAAUUAUUGUAUAAUAAUUUUAUUUCUUUUUCCAUAUGGCAUUUUUGUAAGUCUAUUACUCAGAAAGCAUGAGUACUUUAGAGUGUCAUCUGAUCAGAUAAAUGUGAUUAGAGAGGGUCUGGACUUACCCUUCCCCGUAAUCUACCACCUAGAGACGUUCUGAAAAGACAAACCCUGAUAACGAUAUCUUUUUGAAGACUGAAUCCUUGGCUUUUUUCGCGGUUCCUUUUCCUAGGAAGCUGUCAAGGUUUUCGAUGAUAAAAUGAAAGAGUACGCCAAUCGUACAUCAGUAGACGGUAGAAGUCUGAAUAAAACAGUGGAACAAAUGAUGGAGGAAGUGCUGACGGCUACUCUCCUUUUCGAGGAAUUUGCAUUAAAAUUUGGUCAGUAUCACCUCGUCAACAAUACAGCACAUCUCUCGGUGAACAGCCAAAAUAUAGGUAAGUAUUUAGAAUCGAUCAUUCCCCCCUGACAUUACGGAGAAAAUGUUAGUGUUCAAAACAGUGAAAUAGCGGCCAUGUUAAGUUGGUGUAACAAGAUAAUCCUUUGGGGAUCAAACUCUCUUCUCAAGUAGAAACUUUUAAUUUCUUUGUUCCAAGAUAUUUACAUAGCUACUGACCACCUGAAUGAAAACGGCAAUAUUUUAAAUGUUCUGCGACUUCUACAUUUUGCUGUCUUGCCAUUUACAAGUUACAACCCAAAAGCAUGUUCACUUAUAGUGAAGAAGAUUAAUUAAUGGUUUCGAUUAGGUCAUCACAGUAAGGGUAAAUAGAAUAUGAAACCAUCGGUAAUAUUUUGAUAAAAACAUUCAUGAAAAAUUCUCAUCGACAAAGAGGAAAUGCAAUUUUUAGGAAACAAGACACUCUAAAAAAUCGUUAACUCGAGCUUGCUUGGAGAUUAGAUAAGAAAUAGGAGGGGAUUGGUCUUUGAGGAGUCGGUGUGCCAGCGUGGAACCAUGUGGGGAAGGGGAAAAAACUCAGUGCUACCUAGCCAGGUUACACAGUAACCAUUGAUUGCCUUUGUAGACAUGUGAGAAAUACCUAAUCAUGUAAACUUCAUAAGGUGUCUAAGGGCUUUUAGACCAAUGGAUCUGGUAUAAACCCACUAUCCAGGGGUAGAGGAAAUGCGUGACGACACAAGGUACGGUCGCAAUCGACGGAGAAUGGGCUAAGGCUCACUUGUGGGAGUUCUGGGAAAAUUUUGGCUAUUGAGCCGCCAGCGUGAGCCAGCGAAAAAAGCUACCUGUACUAUUUACUGUCUAAUGAAAUUCGGGGCAAGAAAAAAAAAAGAGGCCCUUUACCGUCUUAAUUCACGGGAGGACUUCCAUAUGAAAAGUGGAGGGGCUUAAGCGUUCGUCUCAUUUACGACAUAAAUUAAAGACUUUGGUGCUCCAUUUAUGGUGUUCAGGAAUAAACUCUUAACUUUUGCACCCGAAUCGCUUUUACUCCCCUGGGGUGGUCAUGAGUGAAAAGAGCAAAUUAUGUAGUUGUAAUUGCAGGGUUAAAACUACGGUGAAGGUUUCGAAAAAGGAGUUUAACAGUAACAAUAAUUUCAAAUGCAUAAAUUCUCUGCACUUUACUAAAGUUAUUGUAUAAUAGCUUUACAGAUCAGAAAAGGAGUCUACGACAACGGGAGCCAAUUUGAUCUCUUUGAACCAGAAGGACAAAACUACAUCAAAAUUCCUUCAGAAGACUUCAGUCGUAACGGUAUGCAAGCAAAUUCGUUAUCCCAGUAGUAACUAAAACAGCCGCUAUUCAUGUGAGAGAAAACGCUGCACAGCCGAUUUCUACUAUAACGGCCUCUGUUUUCGUCCCGGGGGGAGAUAUUUACUCUUGUGCUACCCGCGAUGUUGACAUACAAUUCCCUUAGACUGAUCUUCAUACAUUUCCUUACAGAACCAGUUCAAUUUUUAUUUAACCUUUUUUAUGAUUUUACCCUGAUAACUUAAGAAGAAAAUUGAGAAAAGAGUUUAAACAUGUUUAAAGCCGUGCUUUUGUCGUUAUCACGUAAGUAUGGAUCGCUUUUUUUUUCAGGUUCAAUUUUUCUAGGUGUCAUCUAUAAAACACUCCAAGAACUGUUUCUCGUAAACCAAACGAAUACAAUGAUUAACAAAACAAGGUCAGUGCUAGCUAGUGUAACUAGCUUUCCGUAUACUCUAGAGUACAAGACAGCUAUGUCUAGCUAGCUGCAAAAUAUUUAAUGUCGGGGUCCAUUGUCGUACGUUCUUGUUCUAAGACUUUUAACUGUAGGUUUCUUGAGGUCUUUAAAGAAUUGAUAUGUUUGUGCACAUUUUCUGUCCAAACUCUGUUCCAAAGUGAGGUUUUCCUUACGAAAGGACACUAUUCUCCACCCUAAUCUAUAUACAAACCAGCAUUAAAAUGGAAUCCGUGUUACAGAAUGGUUUUUUAUUCGGGCAUAUUCUUAAUUAACCGUCAACUUACACUACUACAUUAACCUAGGGAGAGAUGCCAGGUCUUAACGUUUUUCGCCUAUGGACCUAUAAUAAUCUCUCUUUAUGCUUUUCAGAAAAAGUGAAUUUCUUCUGUGACUUUUAUGUUCUCUUAUUUCCUCUGCUUUUCAGCAAGAGUCUCAACACUAUGAUCAUGUCAGCAACAAUUAAUCCUCAUCCUUCCACGUUGCAGCGAAACGUCACACUUGUGUUCUUGAACGUAAUGGUAAGCUUUUCCUAAACAAGAAACUUCCUAGGUUAUCUAAUUAUUCGGAUACCUGGAUAUCUACGGGAUAGUUACUGACAAUACGUACUGACAUGGCCAUUAAUGAAAUAAAUCCUUAAGCCAAUACGUCUUUUUGCUCUGGACUUACCCUAACAAAUUCUUAGGCUCGUAUGAAUCAACAAAACCCCUUUUGUUGGUACUUCAUCACAUUAACUUCUUCAGUCUUAGAGGAAUAUCUAGUAUUUUAAAACCUGAUGUCACUUUUUGACGAGCUAAACUGAGAUGUACUGAAAAUCAUAACAAGAUUCGUUUCAUUUUCGAUUUUAGAGGGCAACAAGGAAAAGAGAGUGUGUAUUUUGGAACUUUAGGGAAGACAGGUAAAUUGAACAGCAGGUGCCGACGGUAAUUGUAUAAAAAAAAUUCGCCACUUUAGAAAGAGAAAGAAACUGGGACGAGCUAACUUUUAGCAAAGACUUCUGGGACUGUUCUUCAAACAGGGGAGAAAAAAUUGGCCAAUCGCUGACCGGUGCGUCUCCAAUAACAAUCCCAGAAACAACUGCGGGAUGUAUUUCCGCUCUUGUUUACUUCUCGUUUCUAAAGUUGCGCAUGCCUAUUCGUAUCAAACUUUGGAUUGCAAUUUUGGGAUAACAAUGACAGAGGUUUUCGCUACUUUUAAGGUUUUUUUUUAUUGUUUAAGGUAAAGUGCCUCUAUUAUUCGCGAAACAAAGGUUGCGAUUACCGAUGCGUAGCCAGAUCAUCGACCGCGAAAUUCAAAUCUUCGUAAGCCACUGUAGCGUAACAAGUGCCGACUUAGCGGUGAAGUGCCCAGAGUCUUAUAGAUUUGGCAUAUGGAUUAGACUUAUAAAUUGGGGAAGAAGUUGAUGGGAAAUCGUAAAUGGUUUAACUACGGUGGAAAUGCACGUCAUCUGUUUUACAGACGGUACACGUAAAUACGAAGAAACGGCAAACAAUUCAAGUUAAAUAGCCUGAGAAAACACCCUACAUUUGGUGACGGUACUACUGGUUCAUCCGCCAAAUGACGUCUGAGAACGAGCGCAGAAAUUCCAUACUGAUGACGCGUCACUACCCAGAACUGGGUAGUGCUUCUGAUUGGUCGUACCGCGUGGGAAAUAUGAUUCAAUCAAUCAGGAGCACUAUGGAAUUUCUGCGCUCGUUUCUCACACGUCAUUUGGUGGCGAAACCACGUAGCGUCGCCAAUGUCGGCUGUUUUCUCAGGCUACAAGUUAAAUAGAACUAAAAGGAUUAAAAACCCCAGCUGUAAGGUCUGUCAAGAAGCAACCAGUUCGCUGUUUACAAGCACGGGGGAGGAGUUGAACUCGGGGUGGCCGAGAAACUUCAAAUCCAGCUUUUGCUAGGAGGAGAUUUAUAUCCGAGUUCUUCUUAAAGCUUGCCGACAGUUGUCCACGCCGCUUCUCUAGAUACAAAAUAAUCUAUCCCGCGAAGUCUGUCACAGCUUUAGUUAGCGCCUUAAUGUGAUAAGACAGGACAGGAUGAGAUGAUAUGACAUGACACGGGAUUGUUGUGUUCCACACUUUAGUUAGCUAGUGGACUGUCCCAGUUAGGAACUAGAAAUACGUAUAUCGCGUAUCCUUGUAAAGCUCGAGGGAGGGUGGCACAGUAAAUGCUAGGAAUGUAAGGGUGGAAGAGAAAUUGAAUAAAUGGUGUACCGGCGGAGGGUGAGUUUUAACAGUGGAUCCAAUAUUGCAAGCUGGGAUAUCGAAGUACUGUGUCUCCUUUUGGUUGGAGCAUUUUCAAACCCAUUCCUCUGGCUUUGAAAAUGAACGGCAAGAUCGAAAACGGCAGUUCUUACUCUUAAAAGUAAAAACGUUGCCUGCUUGUGCUGGUGACUUAUUUUAUUGUUCGUGAAGCCCUGUAGGUUGGUCAGGACGAGGAUGUCAUGUCAAAUGGUUGAAUGACUCCAGGACAGAAUGCAGCUGCAAUCACUUAACUCACUUUGCAGUUCUAAUGCAGUUUGACACAGAUUCUGAACUGAAAACUGGCCAAUACAGUAGAUUGCAAAAGGUAGGGCACAAGACAGAAAGAACAGAAGCAAGUUUGUAGGGUCUGGAAAGGAGGGUCUUGAACGCACAUCCCAAACUUUUUUCAUCGCUAUUUCGAAUAUCUUUUUUUUCCAAACUCGCAUCAGUGGCUAAAUUUCAGCUUAUCUUACUUCUCGUCUGGCAGUCACAUUCCGUGUCCCGUCAACGUAUUCCCAAAUCCCGCACUGUAUUUUGUUCACAUCCUGUUUCCCGGAAAUACCCUUCCAGACACUGAGGAAAGGCUGGCCACACCAUCGGGGUCUACAUCCUCUACUUUCCUACUAUCUGCUUCCCGUCAAAUCUCGAAUACUAUCAACGUUUUCCUGAAUCCUGCACUGUAUUUUGUUAAGAUCCCGGAUCCCGGCAGUAUCCUUCCAGACCAUGUUUUUAGGUUGUCUAGUCGAUUAAUCAUGUUGUUAUACAACACGCGUUAUUGGGGUCACUCAGGCGGGUUUCGGGGAGCAAAUCUGAGUGCAAGACAAGAGAGAGGGAGGAAAAGAGAAAAAUAACGCCUGUAGACAGGUUAUUGUUCUCUCUCUUCGAAACGGUCAUCUGGCGAACGCUGGUUUCUAUUGGCUGAGAGAGAGGCAAUAUUUCUCUCUUUUCCCUCCUCUCUCUUGUAUAACGCCUCGUACUGGCGGCUUAAAACCCGCCUGAGCACCCCAAUAACGCCUGUUGUGCAGCCUAAGAAUAAACAGUUGUGCCUAGGAAAUUAUCGUUUUAUUGUGUAAUAGUGGUGUUUUGAUAACCGUGUUUAUGAGGACACUUUUUGUUAAAAAUCGAAAUGCCCGCCAAAAUCCUCAAAUGACCCGGUUUCACUGCAUGUGUGAAGUUUAAUCUCGUAACCGUACUGAAGGAGAAUAUCACUUAUAUUUUGUCCUGCAAAUAUCUGAGUAAAAAGCAGGCGGUGUUGGACACGGUCCGAAGGGCAUCAUGGGGAAAAAAUCAAAAACGGCUCAUUUGCAUCUGACCUUCGCUCUGUUCACAUCUCUCGUUACGCCAUAAAAAUACCGGGAGAAAUAGUGUGAUAUGGGCAUUACAGGUCUUUUUCCGCUUUUAAAAGAUAUGACAUGCGAUGUUCAUUUGAGAUCUUUCUCCGGAAAGGUGGCCGCAAUCGACGUUUACUGCUGGCUUCACGAAACUGUUUUUUUUGUGUGUCGAAGAGAUAAUUUUAGGGAUCGAAACAACGCGACAUUGACGUGUGCAUGAAGGAUACUGAUCUUCUCAUCGAAAAUAAUGUGCAACCUAUUCUGGUUUUCCAGAAGAAGCUGGAGCGCAAGGCAAAAGUGGAAUCCUCCUUCGCUAACUUGUUGUUGUUGAGGGCAACAACAAGUUAGCGGAGGUUUUCUAUUCAUUUUAGUCCGUACGAAUUCAGUUUUAUUUGUCCGUUGUUUUUUUGUAUGAUUUAUUAGGAAUCGUGAAGAAUCUCGCACAGGUUUAACUCUUUGCAAACAAGGGCAGAAGGAAGAAGCCAAGGAACUAUUCAAAAGGAGGCCCUAAGGGCCGCUUCGAUGACAUAUAUAUCACAAAAACAUAUCAUAUUUUUUAAGACGAAUAAAAAAGGAAAGAAAGAAAGUAUUCUAAGCUGAUCGUGUAGUGAAAGUCUUCUAAGCCGAUUCGAUCGUGACCGCGCGAGUAUAUUUAUAAUACUAAAGAUGGCGCAGAAUGGAGUCACGAUUCACGCAUGUAGGUAAACUUCAAGUGGCAUUUUGACCCUUAAAACGGCGGGGCCCGCUGGGGCCCGCUGACCAUUUCAGAUACUUGAACAACAAAACUAAUAGAUUAUGCGAAAACUGGAGGUCAGGGGUCGUUGAACACUGAGAAAAUGUAGACUGAAAAGCAUAAACAAUAGCUCUUAACUAAACCAAGGGAUUAUGCACAUGAAGAAUUCCAAAGAACAAUAUCAAUAGAAAACAAACAUACAUCAUAUUGUUUUAAGAACUGCGGCUUGCUACAUCUGUCUACUCAAACUUUUCCAAAAAAUAUAAUCGUAAACCACUUGUUAAACGGCGAAAAGCGAAGAAAAUCGAAGAGACUACCCGCACAAAGGAGAAAGAAUCGGUCCGCCAUCUGCAAUGACGUGAUUGGACAAAAUUGGUCACGUGGACCGUGUCCAACACCGCCUGAGUAAAAAGUGAACAGAUCUUACAAAAGAAAGAGGUUAUAGCUCAAAAUGUUUUUGAGAACAAAUUCGGAGAAAAAUUAGCCUGCGUGCCAGCUGCUCGAAAGCGUGUCGGGCUUUUGAGAACAAAAUUAGCCUGUCUGGUACGGUGGAGAUUAAAUGGUUUUUCGGUUGUUUCGUAUGGAGAAAGAUGAAAAGGUGCUGAAUAUUCUGACCUACUUGGGUCUUACCCUUUCCUUAAUCGGAAUCAUAGCGACAAUAAUCUGCUACACAUUUCUGACGUAAGUACAUGUAACAUCUUUUUAAAACAUAAUCAAAUGUUUGAACACGGCUCCUUAAGCCCAAAUUUUGAACGUUUUCCCUUCUCAGUCUUUAAUUUUUCUUAUCUUAUCUUUUCUUAUCUCAUACAUCUUAUCUUAUCUUGUCUUGCCUUGUCUUGUACUUCAUUGUAAUGCUUUGUAUUGUAUAGCCUUUUCUCCCUCCCUUCGGAGGGAGAGAAGAGACGACCGGAAAUACGUCUGCGCUUCGCAGGCUAUGUAUUGUAUUGUAUAACAUUGCAUUGUAGGGUAGUGUAUUACAUUGUAUUUUACUGUAUUGAAUUGAAUUGUAUUGUAUUGUAUGAUAAUUUGCUUUGUAUAGAGCGUUUUCAUAUGACGUAACGGAGGCCAUUAAAAAAAAAAAACAAUAAAAACUAUAAAAAGGCGGCCAUGUUGGUGUUCCAAACCAGUCCUGUGGGAGUUGAGCUCUUUUUUAUGUAAACACUUUCUUUUGUUCCAAUAAAUUUGCACAGAUGCUGGUCACGUGAAUGAAAGACGCUCUAUUGUGUUGCAUUGUUAUAAUACAGAUUUAGAGAUUCCCUUGUUAGACCCACCCAGAGUGGUUUUGUUGAAGACAAUGUAGUUGUUUAUCUUUACACAGCGAUAUUAAAGCACCACUGUCACAAAUCCGGAUAAGUCUUGUCGCUUCCCUUGGAGUGGGCCAAAUAAUCUUCCUCGCAGGCAUUGGAGCAAUUGAAAACAAGGUGAGAACUCGUUUAGGCGCUGGUCAUAAUCACUUUAGGCAACUGAACACUACAGAAAAUACCAUAAUAUACCAUAAUACUCUUCGUUAGUCACUCCAAAAGUUUGCAUAAGCAUUGUUUUCAGUUUCCGUCGUGGAGCCAUUUUAACUCCCAAGAGAAACUGAAGACAAUGCUUAUGCAAAAUUUUGGAGUGACCAACAAGAAGUAUUAUGGUAUGUUUUGGCAUUUUCUGUAGUGGUCAAUUCGUCACUUAAGCAACGUACGAGAAGCGAAAUAGGCCGGGUUAACUUUCGCAAAGACUUGGGACUGUUACUAGUAAAGGCGAAAUUUUAUUUCUCUUGCUGAACUUGGAUAUGGUCCCUUGGAAUUCAACUUCACCCAGGAGGGUUCGCCUACAUUUGACAAAGUAAGUGGGUAGGAAUAAUCGCGAUAAAGACUGAAAGAACACAAAUUUACUUUUUAAGAGACGUUCUCGUUGCCGUGGCGUCGUUGGAUCUUAAAGUCCCUUUUAAGGAUCACAGAAACAAUUACGGGAAGCAUAUCUGCUCCACUUUCCUUCUCGUUUCUAAGGACCUAUUUACAUAGAGGUGGGGAAAGGUGAGGUAACCUGCUAUGGUGGUAGCCCACCUGCCCAUAUAAUUUCUCAUAUGGUCAUCCCACCUAUCAUGAAACAGCUAUCAAAUCAAUGAGAGAUUGUAUAAACAGGCGGGUUUCCCCACCAAAGCGGGUUACCUCGCCUAUUUGGGGUGGCAAAUUAACUCCACAUACUUUACGUUAAAUGUCUGACGUUUUAAUUUUGUGGAUUCCAUUUAAUAAUACUGAAAUGGAAACAUAAGGCAAGAUGGGAUAUUAAAAAUUACCCGGGGUCAAUUUAAUAGAACUUUUACAAGUGUAUUUUAAAAGUGUAGCUAUUGUUUUCAGACUCUACGCUUGUGAAUUACACUCGUAAAAGUUUUGUUACAUGGAACCCUGGUCAAUCUUAAUAUUGAAGCUUUCCGGGGUACUUUUCUAGAAUUUGCCAGAAAAAAAGAGACAAAUUUAGUAAUCUUCCUCGUCCUGGAAUCUUAAGGUACAAGGUGGUUACAGUGUCCUUCAAGUAUGCGACUUUUGACUACAUGUUGUACUUUGCAGGGCGUCUGUGUAACAGCAGCAGCCCUGAUUCAAUAUUUCCUUAUGGCGGCUUUCUGUUGGAUGUUAAUAGAGGGAAUUUAUCUUUACUUGUUUGUUGUCAAAGUCUACAACGUUAGCAGCAAGAUGAAAAUUUGUCACGGAAUUUCAUGGGGUAAGUGUAAAGGGAUAAAUUUGCAUUUUAGUUUCUCAAAUUUUGGGCAAAGAUGAGGAUGAAACUAGUAAGUGUAGGACUAAAGACUGAAUGUAACGGCGAAAAAAAAAACACAAUAGCCUCAACGUUUCAAUUAAAUUUUAUCGAAGAAGCCAAAUUGACAGACCCAAAUUUCAAAUUUUGUUCCUGAUAAAUCCCUGAAACUCAUUUUCUGACGACCUUCGCAUAAUUGACAUUCUAAUGUUAUCAAUGCUUCACCUGAUAGCUGGCGACAAUUAUUCUCGCGAAUACUUCAAAGUGUGUUUUAAGUUUCAUGCUUGUUAUGCAGUGUAUAUAGAGUGGUUUUCGCACUUUUGAGUUUGUGCGUUAAACCCGAAUUAAUAUUUUGAAUGUUCAAGUAAAUUUUAUAAUUGAACUCCUCCCGCCACACCUUUGUUUCAGGCUUUCCUGCGGCAAUGGUCACUUUAUCGCUCACUGUUGCUGCCGGAAUGGACGGAAUCACAAGUUUUGUUAGCGAUGAAUAGUAAGAAGAGAAAUGGUGAAAAGUAGAAUACGUAAAGAUACAUCGUUUUCGUUUACCUACGAGGGUGAAUUACCCAUACCCUUUCUCGUAUAUACACCAUUUUCCGUUCAUCACGGGGAAAUAAAUUUUUAUUAGUAUAGGUAAUAGCAUGAUUUGUAGUGAUAUUUGGCAUAAAUACCACGAGUGAUAUUUCGAAAUUGUUGUACGUUAUUUCACGAGCCGUUUGGCGAGUGAAAUUUGAGACAACUUUGAAAUAUUACGAGUGGUAUUUUUGCCAAAUAUCACGUACAAAUCAUGCUAUUAUUUGUUUAUACUACUACCCCCAAAAGGUUUCUAAUUUUUACAUGUAGGCAUUUCAAAUUAAGCUGAAUUACCACUGCUUUAAACCAAUCAAAUUGCAGAAAUUUCUCAUGUAGUAGUAUAAACGUGAAAAUAUUAUUUAUUUUAAUAAAUCUAUAUCAACAGUUUCGGCAAGGGAGGAAACAUUUAAUUUUGUGGCAUAGUCAUUAAGGAUUUUUUCAUAAAUAAGGCCAAUUUCUAUAGCAGUUUAUCGAAAACAAUAUUCUUUAGUGCGAAUGAAGUUUCAUUUUCCUUCGGUGAAUGUUCAUAUAUGAGAAUAGAUAUAUCAGUUAACAUUUGUCCUUUUGAUUUCCAAUACGCACACACACGGGCAGAUUUUAUAAUUUAUUUUGUUUUCGUUUUAGCUGCUGGAUUUCUUCCUCUAACGGACUGAUCUGGAUAUUCAUCUCGUUUGUUCUUGCAAUUGAGAUCGUAAGUCCAGUCAGUAUUUUUUUUUAAUCUGAUAAAAAAAAGUGACACACAAAAACGUACUAAAAGAAAAACAAAGAGAAUGGUUUAAAGGAUUUGUUUUAACGACAAAGAUUACCUCAGUCACCAUCACGUGGGCGGUGUUGUGAUAUUCUAAUUUAAGUUUUCUAUUUUCUCAACUCUGUUAUUUUUUCCAGAUAAACUUGUUGAUUUUGGUGAGAGUUAUAAGAGAAAUGACACGAAUGGAACAAACAAAGGACAACCAAGGAGAACAGAUAAGGUCUCACAGAUUUUAUUGCUUGUUUUAACAGGCAUGUGUAAGUACAUGUAAUAUACUGCAUUUGUUACGCGCCCGGCUUGAAUUAAGCAAAGAUUCCUUUUGAGAACAAAACUUUGUUUGGCCAUUUCGUUACAUUGGGCGCUUUCCAUUUACUCAAAAUUUCCGGAAUUUCCGGUUCGGCGGUAAAUGGAACACGUUUCGUCGGUUCGUCCCACUGGAAAAUUCCCAGAAAAAGUGGAAAAUCUAAAAAGGUGGUCCCGUUUUCCCGGUUGGAAUUUCCGAACGGAAUCUCGUGUUCCAUUUACGUUUCUCGUAGUUUGUACCAGUUCCAGGUCCACGGUCGGGCACCGCCACGUACCGGGGUUUACGACCAAAUGGAACAACUUUUUACCAAUCGGAAAUUCCACUUUUGCUACCAGCGAAAUUUCCGGGUUUUUUUCCUAAAUGGAAAGCGCCCAUUAUCACUACUCAAACUGCUCUAUUGUGUUCCCUUCGUUGUGAAUUGGCAACACAGUGACUUAGCUGCAACAACACCACCGGCAUUCCACUGAUGAAGGGCUAGGCUAAAAAAGUUAGGACGUUGGAAACAACAAUUUGUCUGUUUUAUCUUCGAGAUAUGUGUAUUUAAUUGAAUAUGUUAUUUAUUGGUAGACUUGGAAUCAGAGCAUGCGUGGUGCUAAUUCCCUUACUUGGGGUCACGUGGUUAUUCGGCGCACUAUCGUCAACCCACAAAGCAUUCGCUUACAUUUUUGUUAUCUUCAAUUCCACUCAGGUGAGAUGUGAGCCCCCUUUUUUGCGCAUACAUCAUUCAUCAAUUGGUAAACUAACCGUAGGGCCUGCUGUGUUUGUUGUUCGCCACUUGCACAACUCCCAUAAAGCACCUUAUUUGCCCCCUUUCCCUCCCCCCCCAAAAAAUGCGUAAUCAUUUCUCCUGGGUAUCACAACCCGUCCCAAGAGAAAUUAAAACAAUGCUUAUACGAAAUUUUGGGGGACAAAUAAGGUGCAUUAUGGGAGAUGUGCAAGUGGCAAAGACCGAAUUAAAUGUAUCCUUCCUUUAGCAACCAUCAGGCAAAGUGCACAUGAAGAUCUGCCAAAAAAGUUUUCUGCAACUAAAAAAGUCAUGAUUUAUUAUUGGGAAAAUAAGUCUGCAUUUAGUCCGUGGGUUGCACCCAUUUCGUAGCUUAAAAAGUAAAUACUUAAUCACAAAUCAAAGUCAAGAAAUUAAAAGAAGAUAUGGCAAAGCUCGAAAUUAUUUCACUGAAGACGGCCAAAGACUAUAUAAGUACAUUUUUUGGAAAACUUUGGUGACAGUCUUUUUUAUUUUCCUACCCGCAGGGAUUUUUCAUCUUUCUUCUUCACUGUGUGAGAAAUAGUGAGGUAAGGACAAAAUGUUAAACGAUUCCAACUUUUAUCAUCUCAUGUUGCCGAAUUAAAAGUUAAACAAUGUUUUUAGUAACUCGAAUCCAAACCCCAGAACCAAAAUCACAAGGAAUUUACGGUCAAACCCCUCGAUUACGAACACCUGUUUAUUACGGACUGUUACCAUGACCCCAAAACAUAAUAACAAUAGUCAUCAGAGAAAGUUGAUAGCAGAGCCUCCGCGCGCGCGUGGCGGAGCCCCUAUUGCUAUAGAAAAUGGAAACCUAUCAAUGCAUGCGAAUUUUUGGUUAUGACGUCAGCGUACGUCCGUCCGUCCAAACUUCCUUACAGACCUGGCAGGGAGGGAUCUUUCGAAUUAAUUCUCUUUGAUUAUCCUGCAGAUCAGAGAUAGGUUCAAAAGAAGAAUACGCGUGAUAUUUCCAGCUGCCAGCAAUGGAACUACAAGCGUUAAAAGACAAUCUGACCUCAAUGGCAGCAGCAGCGGAAUCCUUUCCCUGCGAAAAAUUGAAGUUAUGCCCAUAAGUACCGAGAGCCUAGUGAAAUCACCAUGA